AUGACCCGAAGAAGAGCAGCAAACGGAGGAAAUAGAGAGUUGAUGUGCGGUGAAGAAGGACGCCCUGGAAAGAAAGUAAAAAAAGUAAAGCUUCGAAAGCUGGAGCGUCCCCCAGACACUCCCACGGUUGAUCCCACUGUAAAAUAUGAUCGUCAGCCUGAGUAUCUGGACAUAACCGGGGGCACCCUGCACCCAUACCAGCUGGAGGGUCUGAAUUGGCUGCGUUUCUCUUGGGCACAAGGCACAGACACCAUCCUGGCUGAUGAAAUGGGUUUGGGAAAGACCGUACAGACAGCAGUUUUUCUGUAUUCUUUAUACAAAGAAGGCCAUUCAAAGGGACCCUUCCUGGUCAGUGCACCUCUUUCUACCAUUAUAAACUGGGAGAGAGAGUUUGAAAUGUGGGCUCCAGAUAUGUAUGUUGUCACAUACGUUGGAGACAAGGACAGCCGUGCUGUGAUCAGAGAAAAUGAAUUCUCUUUUGAAGACAAUGCCAUUCGUGGGGGCAAGAAAGCAUCACGUAUGAAGAAAGAAGCGUCAGUUAAGUUCCAUGUGCUGCUGACUUCCUACGAGUUGAUCACCAUUGAUAUGGCUGUGCUGGGCUCUAUUGACUGGGCCUGUCUGGUUGUAGAUGAAGCUCAUCGUCUGAAGAAUAAUCAGUCCAAAUUUUUCCGAGUUCUGAAUGGAUACACUCUACAGCACAAGCUGCUGCUCACUGGGACCCCCCUGCAGAACAAUCUGGAGGAAUUGUUCCACUUGCUGAACUUCCUGACUCCUGUGCGAUUCAAUAACUUGGAGGGUUUUCUGGAGGAGUUUGCAGACAUUGCAAAGGAAGAUCAAAUAAAGAAACUUCACGACAUGCUCGGUCCCCACAUGCUUCGUAGGCUCAAAGCUGAUGUCUUCAAGAAUAUGCCAUCCAAGACUGAGUUAAUUGUGCGUGUGGAGCUCAGCCCCAUGCAGAAGAAAUAUUACAAGUUUAUCCUCACCAGGAAUUUUGAGGCCCUAAAUACUCGAGGGGGCGGUAAUCAGGUGUCUCUUCUCAAUGUGGUAAUGGAUCUGAAGAAGUGCUGCAACCACCCUUACUUGUUCCCAGUGGCGGCCAUGGAAGCACCGAAGAUGCCUAAUGGGAUGUAUGAUGGCGGCGCCUUGAUCAAGGGUGCCGGGAAGCUGUUUCUGCUGCAGAAGAUGUUGCGCAAGUUAAAGGAUGAUGGGCACAGAGUGCUUAUCUUCUCGCAGAUGACAAAGAUGCUGGACCUAUUGGAAGAUUUUAUGGAGCAUGAAGGUUAUAAGUAUGAGAGAAUAGAUGGAGGUAUAACUGGAAACAUGCGUCAAGAAGCUAUUGAUCGCUUUAAUGCACCUGGUGCCCAGCAGUUCUGUUUCCUCUUGUCCACGCGAGCGGGAGGUUUGGGAAUUAAUCUUGCUACUGCUGAUACGGUGAUCAUAUAUGACUCUGACUGGAAUCCACACAAUGACAUCCAGGCUUUCAGUAGAGCUCACCGCAUUGGGCAGAACAAGAAAGUAAUGAUCUAUCGCUUUGUGACACGUGCGUCUGUGGAAGAGAGAAUUACUCAGGUGGCCAAAAAGAAGAUGAUGCUCACUCAUCUGGUAGUGCGGCCCGGCCUUGGUUCCAAGACGGGCUCAAUGUCAAAACAAGAGCUGGAUGACAUUCUCAAGUUCGGUACAGAAGAGCUGUUCAAGGAUGAGUCUACAGAGGGUGAAAACAAGGAGGGAGAAGAUAUCAGUGUCAUACAUUAUGAUGACAAAGCUAUUGCACGGCUACUUGACCGAAACCAGGAUGAAAUAGAGGACACCGAGAUUCAAGGAAUGAAUGAAUAUUUGAGCUCCUUCAAAGUGGCUCAAUACGUGGUGCGAGAAGAAGAAAUGCCGGAUGAGGAGGAAGUUGUCCGUGAGAUUAUUAAGCAGGAGGAGAGUGUGGACCCAGAUUAUUGGGAGAAACUUCUGAGGCAUCAUUAUGAACAGCAGCAGGAGGACCUGGCAAGGAACCUGGGAAAAGGGAAGAGAAUCCGCAAGCAGGUCAACUACAAUGACGGAAGCCAAGAGGAUAGAGAUUGGCAGGAUGAUCAGUCUGACAACCAGUCGGAUUACUCUGUGGCCUCUGAAGAAGGAGACGAAGAUUUUGAUGAGCGAUCUGAAGCUGCUCGUCGGCCGAACAGGAAAGGUCUGAGGAAUGACAAAGACAAGCCCCUGCCCCCACUGCUGGCUCGUGUGGGAGGUAACAUAGAGCUUCUGGAACAGGCUCUUGUAAUAGAGGAGCAGUUGAGGCGUGCUGCAUACCUCAACAUGUCAGAGGACCCCUCCCACCCCUCCAUGGCUCUGAACACCAGAUUUGCUGAAGUUGAAUGCCUGGCGGAGAGUCACCAGCACCUCUCCAAGGAAUCUAUGGCAGGGAACAAGCCAGCAAAUGCUGUGCUGCACAAAGUGUUGAAGCAGUUGGAAGAAUUGCUGAGUGAUAUGAAAGCAGAUGUUACCCGGCUCCCAGCCACCAUCGCUCGCAUCCCUCCCGUGGCUGUAAGAUUACAAAUGUCUGAGAGGAAUAUUCUAAGCCGGCUAGCAAGCAGGGGAGGAGAACCACAACCCCAGCCUCAGAUUGCCCAGCAAUAACAAAUUCCUCCUCUGGUCAGGAGGUCGGAGCAUCCACCCCACUCCAAACAUUCCCAACUAGAAGCAAAGACCUAAGGAGGACACAUGACCUGCAACAGUCUGCAGGCAGGAGAGCUGACCAUCACCAGAACCAUUAGCGUACCUCUGUCUCAAGGAUUCCUGGCCUAUGAGGUGUCACUGUGACUGCACAGCGCUGAGGACUGUUUAAGAUGGUGCUGCUGCUGCUUCUUAAUGGAGUUAACCCCCUUUGGGGUUCAGGAUUACAACAAGGCCAGAAACUCACUCUGUACUUGGAAGCAAAUUGCUUCCUGAAUUCAGAAGGAAAUAUUUUGUUUUGUUUGUCUUUAAUUUUAUUUGCUCCAGUCCCCCACACUGCCCAAGGGGGUAAGGACAGGUGUCACCCAGGACAGACACCUACCUCCAUCGUUUUUAAUACAGAACGCGUUGUCGUAUAAUAAAACACAAAAUACUUGAUA